AUGACUUCGGUCGUGCCCGCCGACCGCGCGCCAGUCAUUCAACAAAAACGGGAUGCAUGCGGGUCAAUUCGACAGUCGCGUAAGAGGAAAUUGAAGGAGUUGUACGCCGUCGCAACCAUUCUAGAUGGGCUCCCAAACUUCCCACUGGGGCAUCUCGACGCACCACCGGCCAACGAGGGCGAAGCAAAGUUUCUUGACGCAAAUGAUAUCCUAAGGGGACGCAAACUCGCUGAACUAAACAUCCCGCCCCGACCCAAGUUUCCAUCUGAUGCCUUUAAACACUCGACCCAGACACUCUCCACAACCAAGGGAAAUGCCUUGACGACGACGCCUACGACGACGCCUACGCCUCAACCGAGUAGCAAAAAUGCACUCGAUGUUCCCAAAGCCAGUCCUGCCGUCGUGCCGCGCCUUUCGCCCACUGCAACGCCUCAGCAUCUGCCCUCUGCGCCGCGAUCUCAAAUAGGACCAUCCUCUACAGUAUCUCCCAGAGUGACAGCUCCUGCAUUUCCUGCGCAAGUAUCACAGGCGCCGCAAGUUUCUCAUUCAGUACCUCUUGGCAACAACGACGACAACAACGCGUCAGCGGAAUCGCGACAAAUUGGUCAACAGCCGCUGCAGGGCCGAAACUCGAUCAAUGGACACGAUGUGAAGUCGGCGCAUAUAGGGAAAGCUGUGCCCAUCAAUGGCACCCCAGCAAAGGGGCCUGGUUCCGUUGCAGGGGCUGCGCGCCAAUCUACGGUCCCCAACGUUGCACUUGAGCCGGUGCAGCAGGAUAGCAGAGUACCAGGCCCGUUCCAACAGAAGAACAAGCUCAAGCAAGACGGAGUGUCGGAAUUACCGCAACUAGAAGUGAAUGGAUCAUCAGCACCAGAACCGAAGCCUCAGGCCGCCCUUUCUCCCAACUUCACGAACGAGACAUCUCGCCCAGCUGAUUCUCUUUCUUCCCCGAGUUCCACGGUACAUACGGCGACUACACCUGCGGUCUUGGAAACAUCGACGAACACUAGUCCUGAGCGUGAUGGGUUGCGUUUGGACGAGAGGCCUGCGACCACAAAACCCGAGGACAGCCAACCGCAAGCCCCGGCAUCGAUAGUACAACAUGGAUUCUCAGGAAGCACAUCGAAAGAGGUUGAGGCCCAACUCCUUCGUGACUCUGCAAGUGCCGCAACUGUCGACAGUACCCAGAGUGACGGUGUGACUUUGCCGCCGUCGGUGGAUAAGGCUACUGCGAGUACGGAUGAAGCUGUGGUCAAACCACUUGAGGGCGCAAUAGUCACUAUGAAGGGCUCCGGUCAUGCUGUCUCUGAACCUGUCGUCAAGUCUUCAUGCCCCAUCAAAUCGGUCGUUAAAGAUCCGUCACAGCGCACUGAAGAUACGGUUGCAACAGCGGGGCAGAAGAAUACUUCAGCGGAAGGAAAGCGUAAGGCGUCAGGAUCAGACUUAUCUCAGCAGCCGCAUGCCACUCCGUCGUCGUCUGACAGCAUUAGGCAAAAGCCUGUUUCGGAGAUAUUAUCUGGGACAUCUUUGCAGGCAUUAUCAGUGCCACAGCAGAAGUCGGAUCUUCGAUCGCUUGUUCCGAUAACUCCAACCUCACAGUCUCCUAGGGCGCGGGGUCAGAGCUUUGCUGAAAAGUCCAGAAUAAAGGAGAAGAGCAGGUUGGCCGGCGUGGUUUUUGGCAAGCAGCCUCAGAGAGUCCCUGAGUCGGAUAGAUCAGUGGUGCAUGCUCGGUCGAAAUCCGUAGGCCAAGUUCCCACAACCGACUACUUCACACCACUAUUCAUCGCAGGAUUCUCCAACGCCGAUAAAUGGAUGAAACCUCUGGAACAAAUUCUUCACCAUGCUCACAAAACCGUAUCCACACCAGACGCAUAUCUUCACAUGAAUGAGCACCAAGCGUGUCGUGUCUUGAAGCGAAUUUACCACAUGCAGCAACGGGACCAGUGGUCGUUACGUCAACCUAAACGAUGCCCUGAGCCAAUUAGACAGACUUCUCAGUGGGAUGUGCUAUUACAAGAGAUGAAAUGGAUGCGGACUGACUUCCGUCAGGAAAGAAAAUGGAAGACGGCGGUGGCACGAAAUCUAGCGCAAGCUUGCGCCGAAUGGAUUGCAUACCCUGAGGAACGGACUGAUAUGCAGGUGAACGCUGCUGCGCCGCAAUACCCGCCGAAGCCACAGUGGAAUGGUGGCGAACUACUGUUCAGCCAUGAUGUUACGAUGGUCAAUGGCGAUGGCUUCAACGGACCUGAGAAUCAUGAAACACCAGACUUGAUUUCAUCGGCAGACACUGAUUCCCCCAUGGAGCACGAUGACGAACCACAUGACAAUUUCCUAGACACAAUCUCUCCCUCCGCCAUAUUCACGCUUGACGAGGAUGACGUUGUCUUCGGUCUGAAUCCUUCUCCACACACCAACCGCCUUCUGGAAGAAUUGCCCUUGUACGGAUCUCCUCUGAAAAUUCCUGACCAGGACAUUGUUACACCUAAGCACGACCCUGACGCACACUGGAGACGCGAGGCUCUGCCACUCAGCAAGUAUGUUGAUGGUCGCAUAGAACUGAUUGCGAAAGAGCCUCCUCGAAAACGAAGUCGCUACCAAUAUGCGCAUGAGGAUAGUGAAGAAGAGCUGUUAUUUGAUCAGCCGAGGCCAAGAACCCACCUGGAACCGCAGAAUCCCGAUGUAGCUUUGUUCCAAACCGAGAACAAGGCUAUGCGAGACAGGUUGCAUGCAGGUCAUCAGUUUCGCCCACCUAGUGAGCAUGCAAUGCCUUUCCAGACGUUCUAUGAAUCGAGGAGCUGUUCCCAGUGGACAGUCAACGAGGAUGACGAACUCAAAUCUCUCGUUCGUGAGCAUUCAUACAACUGGUCCCUUAUCGCGAGCAUCCUCUCAACCAAGUCUGUCUUCGCAUCUGGUGCGGAGAGACGAACGCCAUGGGAGUGCUUCGAACGCUGGGUCAUGCUGGAAGGUCUACCUCAUGAUAUGCAAAAGACACAGUACUUUAAACUAUGGCAAAACCGCAUCGAUCAAGCACAGCAAAUCAUCCGUCAGCACAAUGCGAACGCUCUUACUCAACAAGCGCAACAGCAGCAGCAGCAGCAACAACAGCAGCAGCAGCAACAGCAACAGCAGCAACAACCACAGCAGCAGGCAGGAGCAAAUGGUCCAGUCACACCUCUUAUCCGUAAACGCCUGUCGUUGCCGGUGAAAGUCGAACGUCGACGCAACCAGAAGCAUCUUACCAUGAUUGAUGCAAUGCGCAAACUUGCCAAGAAACGAGAAACCGCAGUCCAAAAACAACAGCACGCAGCAAACCUUGCCCAGAUGCGGAAACAGCAAGAACAGCCGCAGCCUCGGGCCGGUCCCAUCAAGACGCCACGAGAAUACUCAAUUAUGCGGUGGGAACGAGAUCAGGCAAUGGCAGAGAAAUUGGCCGAGCGAAUGGCGCUACACCAACAACAGCGCUUGGAGGCGCAGCGCCGAGUACGGGCAAAUACUGCUACGACAAGUGCUGCAAAUCCUCAACUACAAGCAGCUUUGCAAGCCAGGGCACAGCAACAAGGUCAAGCUGCGCAGAUGGUCAAUGGACAGACUGCUCAGGCGCCUCAGAAUAAUCAGCAGCUUGGUGCUACUCAUCCGCUUGCUGGUGUAAACCGUAUCAAUCAAACUCAGCAGAUGGCAGUGAAUGGUCAAGCACGACCGCGGUUGCCUAUGCAAGGAACUCCAACAGGCAAUGUAUCGCAAGGCCCAAUGGCCGGCGGACUUGUUCCUCCCAUGCAAAUGAACAGCAACGGCCAGGUACAAAUGCCUGUCGUCAACGGCCAGGCAAGAAUGACCAUUCCUACUCAGCCAGAUCUCAACCUCGUACUGCAAGCCCAGCGAAUUUCUGAGCAGCAGCGUCAAGCCGUGCAAAUGCGGCAGGCUUCACAGCAGACACAUACGCCACAACAGGGUAGCCCUGCCCUUCAGAACUCCCCACCUGCCGCCAUGAGAGCAGCAGUAGCCAACGGUAUCAAUCAGAAGAACUACAUGAACAACGCUCAAGCACAGGCUCUUUUGGCACAGUUCAAUGGCGCGGCGAACUCUGGAAUGUCGACACCACCUGCCCCAGGCCUUAAUAUGCCAGCUGGGCAAUCAGGAUCUCCGAGACCUAACACAACCAUGGCCCCACAAAUCCACCAGACGUUCGUAUCUCAACUUCAGCAUAUUGAGAGCCAGAUCCGCCAAACGCAUCCCAACACACCACAAGAUGUAGUGCGGCAAAUGGCGACGCAGUUACUUCAAAAUCGACACAACAACCUAGCACAGUCAGCCAUGAACGCUGCGGCAGGGGGUCAAGGACAAGCAAUAGCUAAUGGUCCUCAUCAAUAUGCCCAGUUGCUACGAGCGCAACAGCAGGCUCAAGCCCAACAGCAGGCUCAAGCGCAAGCAGCCGCGGCAGCUAACGCACAGCAGCAGGCACAGCAGCAACAGCAACAGCAGCAUCAACGCAACUCGAGUGUUGGCAGUGCAACGCCGCCUGUGCCGACGAUGCCCAAAUGA